UCUGCUCUGUGUUGUUAUUUGAAUGGCAGGACGGGGAAGAAGAAGAAAAAGGCAAACGCUCCCGUCCGUGAAUGACUGAAGGUACCGGAGACACUUUAAACUACCUGUCUGUCUGUGACACAUCCGGUCUGAGCCGAGAGCGCGAGAGACAGCUAGAGAAGAGCCGUUAACGUCAGGACUGAUUUUCUGCAUCACCCGAUCGACGUCCGCCAGCCGGUGAAGACGCCAUGCUCAUCCGGUCCCCUCGUGGCCGUGCCGGUACAUCCAUCGCCCUCCUCGGGUCCCAGCUGAUGUUAGUUCUGGCGGUGCUGCUUCUGUGCCCCGUGGGCCGAGUGACAUGUCAGGGGGAAGGUCGGACGCAGUCCCCCACCCAGGUGCUCCAGGACCUGCUGUCCCGCUACGGAGACAACAGCACCAUCUCGGUGCCCCAGCUGCGCUCGCUGCUGGCCCUCAUCAGCCAGGGUCAGGGGGACGGGGGCGGGGACGGCGGCAGCAACGUGGCCGAGGCGCCGACGAUAAACACGACUCCAAAAUCCAAAAACAGCUCCAAGUGCUUGCCUGCAGACACGCUGGCCGUCUACAGCAUCAGCGAGCAGUCGCGGCUGGACGGCCAGGGCUUAUGGGAGCUUUGCCCCACCAUGCUGCAGCAGCUGGACGCCGGCACCUGCAGGGCGCAAAAAGAGGAGGAGUCAGUCAUUGAACCCGCCCCCAGGCCCACAGACGGCGAAGUGUGGGGCUUUUCUUUCCUGAGCGUGACGGUGAUCAAUGCCUUCUCCCUCACCGGCGUCUGCAUCGCCCCCCUGAUGAAGACGCGCUACAUGAAACAAGUGCUCGUCUUUUUCAUCGCUCUAGCCAUCGGCACGCUGUACUCCACGGCCAUCCUGCAGCUGCUGCCAGAGGCCUUUGGUUUUGACCCCAUGGUGGAUUUCUACGUGUCCAAAUCUUCGAUGGUGUUCGCCGGCUUCUACCUCUUCUUCUUCACGGAGAAGGUCCUCCGGGUGCUCCUCAAGCAGAAGAACAGGGGUCACGGUCACAGCCACGUCCCCAGCGCCGACCGUUACUCGACGCCCGACGCCGACGUGGAGGAGGGCGAGAAGGAGAAACUGCAGCACAACGGAGAGGCCAGUGGUCUGGCUCUGGGGAAGGUGGACGCAGGGGAGGUGGAGCUGAUGCUCAGCCCCGCCCAGACACCGCAGGACUCCCAGAGCCCGGAGAGCGGGGGGGGUCGGACCGCCGGCGGCUGCUAUUGGCUGAAGGGGGCGAUGUACUCCGACAUCGGCACGCUGGCCUGGAUGAUCACGCUGAGCGACGGCCUCCACAACUUCAUCGACGGCCUGGCCAUCGGCGCCUCCUUCACUGCCUCCGUCUUCCAGGGCGUCAGCACCUCCGUGGCCAUCCUGUGCGAGGAGUUCCCCCACGAGCUCGGAGACUUCGUGAUCCUGCUGAACGCCGGCAUGAGCAUCCAGCAGGCGCUGUUCUUCAACUUCCUGUCGGCGUGCUGCUGCUACCUCGGCAUGGGCUUCGGCAUCCUGGCCGGCAACAGCUUCUCCCCCAACUGGAUCUUCGCCCUGGCCGGGGGGAUGUUCCUCUACAUCGCUCUGGCGGACAUGUUACCGGAGAUGAACAAGGUGAGUCGUGAGGAAGAGGACGCCGGUGGCAGCAGAUUCCUCAUCACUUUUGCCAUCCAGAACGCCGGCCUGCUGACGGGCUUCUCCAUCAUGCUGCUGCUCACCACCUACUCUGGACAGAUCCAGCUCGGAUAGCCAGUUUAAACUGCACCGCCCCCUCCCCCCUCUCUCCAAGAGGAGGGAACUGUCUCCUCCUCUUCUUCUUCUCCUCUUUAUCUUUCUCCCAUCCUCGGUUUCCUGGGACAGUCUUCUGGCUGCUGUGCGGCAGGUACGCACACACACACCUACUUGAUCAAAAAAAGACGUGAACACGUGGAGUUCCCUACAUGCAGUAGAUCCCGUGCCGAGCGGGACCCCCCCACAGUCUAGAAACAUCACCUGAAGCAUAGACGAGUUAAAGACUUCUGAAACUGAGAUGCAAAAUACUCGCCCAGUCGCUCAAAACUUGUUCCUCCUAUUCUCAAGACUUCUGGUCGGCCAUUUUGGCUUUUUCCUUUCCUUACCCUUUUCAUUUCCUCCCUUUUCCUUUCCUUUCCCUUCCUUUCCUUUCCUCCCAUUUCCUUUCCUUUCCUUCCCUUCUCUUAUGUUUCCUUUCCUCCCCUUCCCUUUCCUUUCCUCCCCUUACCUUUCCUUCCCUUCUCUUAUGUUUCCUUUCCUCCCCUUCCCUUUCCUUUCCUCCGCUUCCCUUUCCCUUUCCUUCCCUUUCCUUCCCUUGUCCCUCAGUGGAUGUCAUUGAGCCUGAAGUGAGAUUCACGACACACAGUAUUUAUAUGGCAGGACAUCCUCAGGAGGUGGGAAAAGCACAAUCAGGUAACAGCAGCUAUAAUAUCGACAUCCUUCUCCUCCACACUUUAAACUCCUCUCUCUUUUUUUCUCAUUAAAUACCAAAAAGAAACUAAUCGUUAGGAAGCCGAACUGGAAUUUUAAUGAACUUCAAACUGACUUCCAGCUGGAUCAUAAUCGUUUAUGCGUGUCGAUGUUAUAUAUAUAUAUUUUUAUACGUGAUAAACAUGAACUAUGAAUUUUUUUUGAAGACCAAACGUGGGCAGACCAUCGAGAACAUGGAGACGUUCAGAGGGUGACAGAGAUCCCCAAAGCAACCCGGAUCGGACAAAAAGUCCACACACGGAACCAUGAAGGUGACAUCUGGAACCGAAAAUGGUUCUUCAGAGUGAUGCCACGGAAGAACCAUUUUUGGUUCCACAAAGAACCUUUCAAACCAGGGUUCUAGAACCAUUUCCUUAAAUAGUUCUUCAAAGAACCUAUUAAGGUGUCUCAAAGAACCUUUAAAAAAUGGUUCUUUAAGGCACCAUUUCUGGUUCCACAAAGAACCUUUCAAACCAGGGUUCUCUAAAGAACCUUUUCCUUAAAGAGUUCUUCAAAUAUCCUAUAAAGGUAUCUCAAACCAAAAGAAUGGUUCUUCAGUAGGUGAUGGUUCUUCUUGGAACCACAAAGUUUUUUAAAGAACCCUUUAGGAACCAUUAUUUUUCUGCGUGCAGGUGUUCAUAUUGGUGACUUCAUGUCGUUUACCUUCUGCUCUUCAUUGAUUCAUCACUGAAUAGUUUUUUUAUUCCUCGUAUCAUCUGAAUCUUCGGCCUCCGCAGGCUGUUUCUCCCAGAAUGCUCUAUUCUUUUACAGCGCAGCAAAGGUUUGAAGAAGAUCAAUCGUAUGUAUAUCUACACACGCAGCUCCGCCUACUUUUCUGUGACUGUAUUUAUAUUAAUCACACAUAAUAUUGAUGGAGAAAUGAAGUUGUCUACUGUAUUGUUGAUGCUGCAAAUUGCUCUUUAAUCCAUAUUUACUGAUAUCAAUAUAGCUGUUAUCCAGGAUCCAUUUUUUUCCGACAGAACGCACAACAUCUUAUUCUGUAGAUUUAAUAUUAUAAUUUUAUUUUUUAAAGAGCUGUAGUUUAUUAUUUAUUAGAAAUAGAAACCGGGAGCCAUGAUUGGCCGUCAUAUUGUUUUAAGAGCUGAAUGUUUUUUUGUUAUUGCCCGGAUGGAGAAGGCCAGCUAUGAAAAACGUGUACCAUGUGGUACAGUAUUACUGCCGCUUGAUAUUUAAGAUGUAUGGUAUAUUAUGCAUUGUUGUUAUAGCCAUAGAAUAUUUAUUUUAUGCUUUACACACUAACAGUUAAAAUAUUCAGUUUACAUCACGAGCCAUGAAAGCAGUUGAAGAGUCUGUCUUUUAACCCUCCUGUUAGCUUCAAAUUUACUAACAUAUUUUACCUGUGGGGUCAAUUUGACCCCAGCAAUUAAAACCUCCAGAAAAUGAUUAGAAUUUACAAGUUGUGUACAGGACAUUGAAAACAUAUCAUGUGAAUUUUAUGUUUUCCCAGUUGUCCCCAAUAAAUUAGGAAAAGUCAUGAAAUGUGAAGCAAAAAGAAUGAUGUCAAUAAUUUUUUUAGAGACGUCAAACAUUGAAUGGGGUCAAAUUGACCCCAAAAGUAACAGGAGGGUUACAAAAAUUUUUGUUAUCUUUGUUUCAGUAUUUUAUUUUGAAUGUGAUAUCUUUUUGCAUUGAGCAUUUAAAUCUGUAUGUUUACAAACUGAAAUCGGAGCGUAGAACCUCAAACUGAACUCAUGGUCUGUUAUGAUAAUAUAAACAUCGGAAAGUCGAGGUCGGAUUCAUAAAUGUCUUAUUGCACACGGACAAUAAGACAUGAAACCAGACGUCUCUUUUUUUCAGAGUUAAACAACCAACCAAUGUUUUACUUCUCUGAAGAUUUUGAUCAUUUAUUGAUGUGCUUUAAGAAUGAAUAAUUUAAUAACAUUGUACAUAAUGUAAUCUACGGGAUUCCUCAUGAGCCUUCUCUCUGUGUGUGUCAUGGAAAUCUUUUUUUAUAAACAUUCUUUUCCAAGAACA